AUGUCCUCUUCCGAAGAAGUGAAAAGACUACCUACCAAAGAGGAAGAAUUGAAAAAUGAAGAUAUUUCUAUGGAUGAAGAAGAAGAAGAACUAGAUAGAAACAAGAUAAAAAUUUUACCACAGGCAACUUCUGAAGAUGGUACUUCCGCAUCUUUCCAAAUAGUAGAAGAAGACCACACUCUAGGGAAUGCAUUACGUUAUAUAAUCAUGAAAAACCCACAAGUUGAAUUUUGCGGUUACUCCAUUCCACAUCCUUCUGAAAACUUACUAAACAUUAGAAUCCAGACUUACGGUGAAAUUACCGCUGUGGACGCCUUGAAGAAAGGUCUAGCCGAUCUAAUGGAUCUUUGUGACGUUGUUGAAGAAACUUUCACCCAAAGAAUAAGAGAAUUAUGA